AUGUUUAUAGUUCCUCCCAAGAAACGAAGUCAGAGUGCAGUUCAUUUCCAUAAGUACGGUAUCAUGGCCCUGUUGGGUGCUUCUUCGGUCGUAUUCGAAGCGGACGGUGGAUGUGUGCAGUAUACGUUGACCAACAGUGGAAUGACUGACUUAGUCUACAAGAUCAAAAGCACCAAUAACAAAGAUUAUCGAUUCAAGGAGGUUUACGCGUUCAUUAAGGCUGGUGCAAAGUUGAACGUCGAGAUAACGCGCACUGUAAGUGUUAUUGUAUUACUACUGUAUCUUUAUACUGAAAGAUGCGCGAAGGCACAGCCCAAAAGCGACAAAUUUAUCGUGCAGUAUGCUCCAAAACCAGUUGAUUGUAAGGAUCCACAAGCGGCAUGGAAAGGUCUAACCGCUAUUGGAGAAAUUGCAGUGGGCAUACACGCUCUUCGUUAA